CGCGCCCAAAGCGGAGGCGCUCCGCGGCCGGCUCGCUGUGAACAAUUUUCUCCCGCACCUCUACGCGUUCGCGAGGGAGGACGCGCCGGGGUUUCUCGAGGGACAAAUCGAUAAGGGGAUGAACUACGUCGGGACCACGUUCGCGGGGGAAAUCGCGCCGAUCUACGUCUUGGUGCCCGCCGGGUCGAACGCCGCGGACACGGAGGCGCUGUUGGGGAUCGGACUGACGUCGAGCGAGGAGGCGGGGACGAAGGGGGGCGAGAUCAAAGCCGUCGCGGCGAUGAUCGCGAAGGGCGAGGUGGUCCUGAUGCUCUACGACCCGGUGACGAAGUACAAGACGGCGACCAAGUUCGAUACGUGCGAAGCCGCGGACCCGGUCAAGCUGGCGAAGGUGGCGCAGAAGAUGCGCGGUCAAGUCCCGGACCCGGCCGCGGUCGACGGCAAGCGGCUGCCGCUGCCCGUGCCGAAGAGCGGCGUGGCGUUGAUGGCGGAGUUGGACCCGGAGGGCGCGAAGCGAGGCGCGAUUGCGAUGGAGGAGGACGAGGCGCGGCGGGCGCGCGAGCGGGAGGCGGAGGACUCGGCGUUGGAAGACGGCGUGACGAUCGUGGGGUCGUCGUCGUCGUCGAAGAAGAAGAAGAAGCGGGAGAAGGCGACGAUGAGCGCCGCGGGGGGCGCGGCGGACGUCGGCGUAGAGAGCAAGGUAGAGUUAUGACGACGGAGGACGCGAGAGCUGCUAACAACGUCGAAAAUAUCAUAU